CGCGGCCGCUUUCUGGACCAGUUGGAGCCUCCGGGUGCUCUUCAAGGGGAGCCCCAUGUAGAGAGCAUUGCAGUAGUCCAGGCAAGAGGUGACGAGGGCAUGAGUGACUGUGCACAUGGAAUCCCGAUCAAGAAAGGGUCGCAACUGGCGAAUCAGGCGAACCUGACAAAAGGUCCCCCUGGCUACAGCCAUCAGAUGACUUAUUAAUGAAAGAUGGGAAAGUAACUAUGGUCAGCGACUGAAAAAAAAUAGAAAGGGAACCUCAAGGAGUAGAUAUGCAGUAAACAGUAUUGGUGACAAUGUAGAAGAUCCAGAUGGAGAUUCCAGGUUUUCAGAUGUCAUUCUGGCAACAAUUCUGGCUACUAAAUCAGACAUGUGUGGCAAAAAGUUUGAGCUGAAGAUCGAUAAUAUUCGUUUUGUUGGGCACCCAACUCUGUUGCAGCAUGCCUUUGGCCAGGUAUCAAAGACAGAUCCUUCUCCCAAGAGGGAAAUGCCCACCAUGAUUCUCUUCAAUGUGGUCUUUGCUUUAAGGGCCACUGCAGACCCCUCCGUGAUCAGCUGCCUGCAUAACCUUUCCCGGCGCAUCGCCAUUGUGCUUCAGCAUGAAGAGAGACGCUGCCAGUAUCUCACCAGGGAGGCCAAACUCAUUCUGGCCAUUCAAGAUGAAGUUUCAGCCAUGUCAGAAACAAGGGAUGGCCCUCAGUCGCCUUUCCCUCACAUCCUUCCCAAAUGCAAGUUGGCCAGAGAUCUUAAAGAGGCUUACGACAGUCUGUGCACAACAGGGUUGGUCCAACUACAGAUCAAUAACUGGCUGGAAGUGAGUUUCUGCCUGCCUCAUAAAAUCCAUGAUGUGGCAUCCAGUUUCAUCCCUCCAGAAGCCAUUGAAAGAAGUUUGAAGGCUAUUCGGCCUUACCAUGCCUUAUUGCUGCUUAAAGAUGAGAAGCCCCUCCUCAGUGAACUGCCCCUCGACUGCUCCCCUGCCCUGGUGCGAGUGAUCAAGACAGCCUCUGCUGUGAAGAACCUUCAGCAGCUGGCUCAGGAUGCCGACCUGGCCUUGCUCCAGGUGUUUCAGCUGGCUGCACAUCUGGUCUACUGGGGCAAGGCCCUCAUGGUCUAUCCCCUGUGUGAGAACAACGUCUACAUGCUGUCUCCCAACGCCAGUGUCUGUCUUUAUUCCCCUCUGGCAGAGGAGUUCUCCUCUCAGUUUCCAGGCCAUGACCUGCCUGCAGUUCUGUCCAAGUUCUCCUGGCCAGUUUCUCUGUCUGAGCUGAAGGACCCUCUUGCUCCAGCGAUUCAGGAGACACAUCUCAUUCGGAUGGUGGCCUGGAUGCUCCAGCAUCGGCUUCUCAUUCAGCUGCACAGCUAUGCCUGCCUAAUGGUUCCCCCAAAGGAGGAGGAGGAGGAAGAGGAGGAGGAGGAGGAGGGUUUUCGCACCAGAGUAGAAGAGCUGCCCUUUCCUGCCCGAGUUGGGGGCCGAAGCCUCAGCACUCCUAGCGCACUCAGUUUUGGUUCUCCCACUAGCAGUGAUGACAUGACCCUGACAAGUCCCAGCAUGGACAACUCCAGUGCAGAGCUGUUGCCUGGGGGGGAGUCUCCCGUGAACAAACGCAUGACCGAGAACCUCCUGACCAGCCUCUCAGAGCAUGAGCGGGAAGCCAUUCUCAGUGUCCCUGCAGCUCACAAUCCAGAUGAUCUGCGCAUGUUUGCCAGACUGCUGCACUAUUUCCGUGGACGGCAUCACUUGGAGGAGAUCAUGUACAACGAAAACAUGCGCCGCUCCCAUCUGCUCAUGCUCUUUGACAAGUUCCGCAGCGUGCUGGUGGUGACGAACCACGAGGAUCCCGUCAUCUCUGUCUUUCAAUCCCUCCAUAAGUGAGGAGAGGAGGCUUGCUUGGGGCCAGGAUGGAGCCCGGUCGGUCGAAGCCAGAUCCUGCUCCCGGAUCCUAGAAAGCACCUCCUGCUGGACAUUACAGGAGUGCCCUUCCAGGUGUCGCAGUCUGGCAGUUUUGCACUCUUGUCACCUUGGGGACUGCAGCCUUCUUUGGAGGGAAGGAGGGCUUGCAGAGAUGGGACUCAGCAGAGUGUGGGUUCCUGCCCCAAAUUGUGGAGGUGGAAAAGAAGCUGUUCAAUUUUUAAACAGGAAGAGUAUGGAGACCCAGAGAUGAGCCCAAUGACUUCUCUCCUGCCACAGGCUGAAUUCUCACAUUAAGCAGUGGGUUCAUAGCCCACUUACCCUGCCCCCUACGAAUACUCUGAAACAUUGAUGGGUGUGCCUGCUAUCAUUCUGGCACUGCCGUCUCAAUUGUCCUGGGGUUGUCCUGGGGCGAGGAGGGGGUUAUUCUAGCAAAGUGGGCAUGGGGCCGUGCAUUUCCUUUCUUGCUGAUUACAUUGUGCAUUUGGCUCCUUUGGAAGAGAGCAAAACAUGUUUAUUUACAUAAAUAAAUCUGAAAUGGCA